CUCGCAACGACAAGAAUCCUCUCGGCUGCCCAUCCAAACAAAGGACCUUCUCAGUGACUAACUGUCCUUCACUAAACCUAGAGGGCCUGUCGUCUUUCCGCACCCACAUUGACACCGGAGGGUUUAUACUUUUGACGCCCUAGACAUUUUCAUCGGGUCCUUGACGGGAUACUUUCCGCCUCCGCCGCCCCGCGUCUAACAGAUCAACGUAUAAGACUCUUUGUGAACCCCCCGGGUCUCACCUGGAACCCCAUCGGCCCGCCGAUCUACACGAACAUCACACCAGAGCACCCCACGUCAUCGUCAGGAUGGUGCGUCUCAACCUUGCGUCCUCCCUCGCGGCCGCUGCCGCCCUGAGCGGCCGCCUCUCUGCCCACGCCAUGCCCCUGGACGGCGAGAAGGUCGUGGACCUCGAGGCCCGUGAUGCCCCGACAGCGAUCCCGGCCGGCUUCAACAAGGUCGUCUUCCUCGAGAACUUUGCUGCCAACAGCGUCCUCAACCUGAACAAGUGGCAGUACGACCUGGGCCACAACUACCCGGGCGGCCCGCCGCAAUGGGGCACGUGGGAGGUGCAGCGGUACACGUCGGACGCGGGCAACAUCUUCAUCAACAGCUACGGCGUGCUGCAGAUUGUGCCCAAGAAGAACGCCAACACGGGCGAGUGGACGUCGGCGCGGAUCGAGACGAAGCCGGGCGUCGACAUCCAGUGCUUCGACGGCGGCAAGGUGCGCGUGCAGGCGUCGAUCCGGCUCGGGGCCGGGCGGGCGGCCGCGGGGGCCAACGACGGCUUCUGGCCGGCCUUCUGGCUGCUGAGCCCGGCGAUCCGGGACAACUACCAGAACUGGCCGGCGAUUGGUGAGAUCGACAUCCUCGAGUCGGUCAACGCCCUGCCGACGGCGUGGAACAUUGCCCACUGCGGCACCAACCCGGGCGGUCCCUGUAACGAGCCCAACGGCCUCGGCGGCUCCGUCUCACUCCAGCGCGGCGUCUUCCACACGCACACCCUCGAUAUUGACCGCACUGCCGCCGACUGGAAGCAGGAGUCCAUAACCUGGUACAUUGACGGCGUCAAGACCCGGGUCCUCACCCCGGCCCAGAUGCAGUACAACCAGGACGCCUGGUUCGCCCUCGUCAACCGCAAGAAGUUCAUCCUCCUCAACGUCGCCGUCGGGGGCGGCUUCCCCGACGCCCUCGCCGGCAAGACGACCCCGACAGCCCUCUCGGCCGGUGGCGUCAACAACGGCAUGGAGGUCGACUACGUGGUCGCCUGGAGCACGUAACAUUCGCCCUAGUGUCAAAAGCUUUUUUUGCUUUUCUUUCUUUCCUUGUGUCUAGAUUAUGACAGCGAUUCUGCGCCUCCUUGCUCGACAGAGCAUUGGUCCGUGUACUAUUAUUAGCAGGCACUUAUUAGCUCGGAUGGCACAUUGCACUUCUUGUAUAUGAUUCCCCUUUUUUAGAAAUACAUAAUUCACCACGGUCAGACUCAAUCAUCUUCUGU